AAUGAGAAAAAGAAGGGAAGACAAAGAAGAGAAAAACAAGCAAAUUAGGAAAGCAACUAGCAUAAUUUUUACUUUAAUUUAAUACACUAAAAAGUAGUCUAAAUAAAUAAAGUUCAAAAUCAGCAUAAACAGCAAGUUGGGCAACUCAGAGCCAGAAAGAACACACCAAAGAAGGGAGAGCAACCCCACUUUCCACACACACAGGGCCAAUUUUCUCCAACGUCUCCCUUCUCUUCUCUGUGUUCUUCCUUCCUUUCCACCCUCCUGAAUCUUCUCUUCUUUCUCCAGAUCCAGCUGUUACAAAACUGACAGAACUGGGUAGCUUGAGCAUUACUUGUUCUACUCGGAUCUGCUGAGGUUGGAAAUUUAGUUGAUUUUGAGCCAUAUCUUGUUAUUGAAGUUGAGUUUCAUUGUCAAAAUUUAACCUUUAGGAAUUAAAGAGUGGUUCUUUCUUUAGUUUGAAUUUUGACCUUGAGUUUGGUUUGUUUACUGGGGUAGUUGAGAAACUUCAACAUAAGAUUGUAGUUUAGUGUACACCUUUUUCUUGGGGAAGGUAGUGAGGAAACUCGGCGAAAAUUUGACCGAGUUUACACAAAAGCAACUUGGUCUUCUACUAUAGUUUUGCUUUAGUUUUGGUUCUGGAUUUCUGGGUUUUGGAAUGGCUGUAGGAAAGAACAACAGUAACGCCGGACAAUUAACUAAACCAUGCCAUUGUUUCAAGGUGGCAAACUUGAAGGAACCUAUUUUAGAUGCGAGUGAAACAUCUGAUUUAAAAGACCGUUAUGUUUUGGGUGAUCAAUUAGGUUGGGGGCAAUUUGGUGUGAUCCGAGCAUGUGCUGAUAAGUUAACAGGAGAAAUACUAGCGUGCAAGUCAAUUGCCAAAGAUAGACUUGUAACACAAGAUGAUGUUCGAAGUGUGAAGCUUGAAAUUGAGAUUAUGAGCAAAUUAUCAGGUCAUCCUCACGUGGUUGGUUUAAAAGCGGUUUAUGAGGAAGAAGCUUAUGUUCAUUUGGUGAUGGAGCUUUGUGCGGGUGGGGAGUUGUUUCAUCGAUUAGAGAAACAAGGAAGUUAUUCCGAGUUUCAAGCCAAGAUCAUAUUUCGGCAUCUAAUGCAAGUUGUGUUGUAUUGUCAUGACAAUGGGGUUGUCCAUAGAGAUUUGAAGCCCGAGAAUAUUCUUUUGGCAACCAAGUCAUCUUCUUCACCAAUAAAGUUAGCUGAUUUCGGUCUUGCUACUUAUAUCAAGCCAGGGCAGAGUUUGCAUGGGACAGUGGGGAGUCCAUUCUAUAUAGCUCCUGAAGUUCUGUCUGGAGGUUACACCGAAGCUGCUGAUGUAUGGAGUGCUGGUGUAAUUCUGUAUAUUCUUUUGAGUGCUAUGCCGCCAUUUUGGGGGAAGACAAAGUCAAUGAUAUUUGAUGCAGUUCGUGCAGCUGAUUUGCGCUUCCCAUCUGAACCUUGGGAUGGGAUAUCAAAAUCUGCCCAGGAACUUAUCAAGAAAAUGCUUUGCGUAGAUCCUUUGAAACGUUUGACAGCCGAUCAAGUUUUAGCUCACUCGUGGAUGGAAGAGGUUUCUUCAGCUACCGAAGACUCGCAUGAAAACGACGUUUCUUGCUCCGAGCGUUUAAAAACCCGAGAUAGCUCAUUUUCAGCUACAUGUGUAGCCCGGGAACGUGAUAUAAGCUUUGGAUCUGGAUCCGCGGUAAACUGUGAACCUCAAUCACCAACAUUUACGUGCAGAUCAUCUUUCUCAGCAUUUUUCGUGGAGCCAUCUACUCCCACUCUCGUGUCAAGUGGAUUCUCUUUCCGUAGCAGUGGUGAUUUCUCUGCUAUUGGGUUUGCUUCUCCCAUUCCUUCCAUGCCUAGCUUCUCAUUUUUCAGCCCUAGCUCAAUAGUUGAGGAACACGGUGUUAUUUCGAGCAAUAUAGGCACCGACAAAAUUCAUACAGGAGGGGUUGACUCAGAGAAACAAUCUGAAUCACCCGGUUCUUCCCUCAGCUCAUUAUUUGAUACCCGGGACCCGGAUCAGAAAUCAGCAGACGUUAAGAGGAGCGGAGGAACGGGCUUGAGAAUUUUCGGUAUCCACAACAAAAGAAACAGAACGAUUGGGCUUGGAGAAUUCGACCAGCUUGAUUUCGUAGUGACAGAAUCAGUUAUCCGUUGGGCGUCUUGCACACACCUACCUACCGCCUCAUCACUCAGGUCUUCUCUUGUAUGCUAAAUGGUAAUGGUAAUCCCGGGUUAGUGAUGGUAAUCUCAGGUUAAUGAUGGUAAUCCCAGGUUUACCUGCUGUUGUUGUACAAGAUUAAUUUACAAAGGGGUUUAAGUUGCGUGCGCGUAUUGUUGGUGAUGGUAAUCCCAAUUUAGUGAGCUAAUGUUAGUGAAUAGAUUGCAGUGAAUCUGCACAAAUAGUAGCAGAUUCAUUCUUCUUCAAAAUGUGUAAAUCAUGGAUUUUGAAGGUGUUGAUUUCGCGAACUUUUUUCAGGUUUCUCCUCAUAAUUUUACAGAUAUAUAGGAAGGUUUUUUCGUGUGUUCUUAGUACUA